AUGUGUCAUUGACAGCUCAGGAAUUUCCACGCUGUGAGGAACCUUAAAAGAGCUCGAUGGUUUCCCCGAGUGUCACAUACACACACUGAGGAGAAGAGGGGGAAAAGGGAACUUGCUCACGGCUUCAGUCUCCUCCUUCAUCAUAUAUCUGUGUGUAUAUAUCUGUGCACAUCUUCAUCUCUCAGUCUGUCUCUCGCUCGAGCGCUCGGUCGUCACUCUGGUCUGAUCCUCAGCUUCACCACGAUGACCUUCAAAAUCCAGUGUGUCGUCGGUCUCAGCGUGUGGAUCGUCCUGUCCUGUGGACUCGUCCCCACCUGUGCUGGGCCUCUGAAAGCUGGUUGUGAGGUGAUUGGUAAAGAGUUUGAGGAUUUCCAUACUCAGGGAGAAGCUAUGGCCAUCACGUUCCCCAUUCUGGAAGUGACCAUUAGGUACAGGAAACUAAAAGUGGACAACAGCACCUCCUUCCAGCUGUUCCACAGCAAGCAUCGUAACCUCCGAAACCUGGUUCCCAGGGUCAAACAGGAUGGUCGGACCCUCUGGCUCCUUCCUUCUCGACCCUCAGACUCGGGAACGUACACCUACGUGUUCAGCAGCAACACAUUCUGCUUAACUGGAAGCUUCACUUUGACCAUCUAUGAGAAAGGAAAGGAAGACAUGGCAGUGAUGUCACAUCCUGUUUCUUCAAAGCCAGACAAGGACCUGACCAUCGAAUGUCCUCACAUUAAUCAUUACAGCAGGUUGGAAAGUCCACGCUGGUUCAAGGGUUUUCAUGCAGGUGUUCCAUUGCUUAACGGGACUCGUUAUGAAAUUUUGUCAGGAGACGCUCUUACCAUCCGAAACGUUUCUGCAGAUGACGAGGGCCUGUACACCUGCCGGCUGACGGUGGCUCACAACAACGCGCAGUACAACGUUAGCAGGACCUGGAAACUUCGAGUGUUAUCUCCAGUCACCAGUGUACCAGCGUCACACACAGAGCCAAGCACCACAUCACCAGACCUUACUCUGACAUCUCCCCGCCCUGAGCCUCCUCUCAUAACCGCUCCUGUAAACGGCUCGGAGGUGGAAAGUCGUCCAGGCUCCAGUCUGGUGAUUCAGUGCGAGGCGUUUGUGGGCGACAGGUCACCUGACCUUACUGAGCUCACCUGGCUGGUGGACGGACAACAGGUGGACAACUCUUACCUGCGUGGCCGCGCGUUUCAGGAACCACAGAGGGUGUCAGCUGGCCAUGUGGAGGCGCUGUUGGUCUUCCUGGUAGUGCAUGAGGAGGACACGAGGGCCGAGCUGAAGUGUGUCGCUCAGAACCUGGCGGGAAAACAGGAAGUGGUCGUGCAAAUUAAAAUGGAAGGGUCCAUGUUGGCCUGGAUAGUGUUGGCUCAUGUAGCCGUCUGCUUCCUCCUGCUGGUGGUGUGUGUGUUCCUGCGUCUGCUCUGCCGCAAACAACACAAACACAACGACUACAUCCUGGCUCGACAGAACAGCACCUAUUAAAUACAUUUAGUCUUUCUAACACACACACACACACACACACACUUCUUCUUUAUUAGACUUUGUUUAGCUGUUUUAUAUGUUUUAUACAUCACUGACUGUAACAGACUUUAAGUAUGAGUUUGGAUCGAGUCUUUAAUAAAAAAGA